CAAACUGCAGCUGCAAUAUCUGCCGUGGAAACCAAGCAAUGGUGUACUUUGGAAAGCCGGAAGAUAGUGAAGGAACUGGAUCUAUCAGUACAAUAAUUCUGGGAGGUACUAUCGUCGCAGGAGGAGUGGUCCUUGGUUUGGUUAUUGGAGCAGGGGCAACAAUGUACAUUUUCAAAAGACUUCGAAGAUGGACAGUCGAGAACGAAGAGUUGCAGGAACAGUAUAUCACAACGGAGUCACGUGAUCCAGAGGGUGGUCACUCAUACACACCCUACCACGUACAGGCCAAUAACACUGAUACGGAUAACUGUGAAAGCCAAAUUUAUGACCCAGUUCGGUAAUACAGUUUAUUUCCAUGCAUACCCAACAACGGGUAAUACUGACGUCGGGAAAAGUUUGCAAAUCUUUCUCCCAAAAAAGUAGUCUGAAAUUCCAUUGUGUUAUUUUGUUUACGCAAUUUCAUUUACAAAUGUAUCAUAUUUAUAUCAAUAAA